AAUUCUAGAGAGAGAGAGGGAGAGGAAUGGGUUUAUUGACACCAACUCCCCUCCAAUACACUUCAAGAAUUGCCCGACAACCCCAGAAUAGCCUCGUUCCUUUCUAAACCGCUGUAUUACAUAGACAAAAACCUCUUUUUUUUUUCGUCGUUGAUUUUCUUGUCCCGUACCGCUUCCCUCUCUCAUCACAAUUCAUUGAAUUCCGGGCUUUCUAAAUUUGCUUCCUUUCAUCAACUUCCCCAGUUCCCCUCUCCCAUGUGGGGGUUUAGAUUGCGAAACGUGAUCAAGAAAACCUGCAUUCUUGUUCUUGAAGUGAAAUAAAAGUUUGGGUUUUUUUUGUUUUGCUGUAGGAAUCGGAGAAGGUGUUGUUCUGGGUCGAAUUCGUUUGAAGAAGUAGCUGGAUUGUGAAGAUUGUUAUUUGAGAAAUUAUGUAUAUUGAGGAACUGAAGGAGGGGGAAACAGGGAGUGAGGAGGAGGAGCCAUGUUCAGAUGUGAAAAGGGUGUUGGUUGGAGCCGGGGCUCGAGCUCUCUUUUAUCCAACUUUACUGUAUAAUGUUCUGAGGAACAAGGUUCAGGCUGAGUUCCGGUGGUGGGAUCGGGUUGAUGAGUUUAUCCUUUUAGGAGCUGUACCAUUUCCUGCUGAUGUCCCUCACUUGAAGGCUCUCGGUGUCUUUGGUGUCGUGACUUUGAAUGAGCCAUACGAGACUUUGGUGCCAACAUCAUUAUACCGUGAUCAUGGCAUCAAUCACUUGGUAAUUCCUACCCGGGACUAUCUUUUUGCACCAUCCUUUCUUGAUAUCAGUCAAGCUGUGGACUUCAUCCAGGGAAACGCAUCUUGUGGCAAAACAACUUAUGUUCACUGUAAAGCUGGCCGUGGUCGCAGCACAACCGUCGUCCUCUGUUACCUGGUCAAACACAAGCAGAUGACACCAGAGGCCGCAUAUGACUAUGUGAGGUCCAUUAGGCCAAGAGUUUCACUCGCCUCAUCCCAGUGGCAGGCUGUUCAAGAGUACUAUUACAGAGUAAGGAAAACUGAAAGUAGUGCCGAUACUUUAUUAGAGAAGGCCUUAAUCCGCCCUUCUAAUGGGGACCUGGCUGCUUUUGAUGACGACUCCCUUGUCCUAGUCACCGAGUCUGACCUUGAUGGAUACGAUGAAAAUCUCGAGUGUGAUUUAGGGGGCAACAACGUGUUGGCUGAGUUGAACCUAGCUUGCAGAGUCCAGUUUGCCGGCCAGGCAGCCAUUGCAAGGCUUUCGUGCCUAUGGCUUAGAUGUAAUCCGGGGCAGAAAACGUCGGGGAAGAAGCUCGAAGGGUCGGUGACACAGAACCAGUUAGAGAUCCAUGUUUAUUGAGAUGCACUCUACUGGCUAGGGAACUUAGGGAAUGUCCUUGGCUUCUAUUUGCGGGAAGCCUUAGGAGAGGUGAGUUGCAAUAAUGGGUUUUCUUUUUUCGCGUUUUUGUAUGAGUAGCAGAUGUGUGAAAGCAUUUCGAUUCUGGAACGCUUUCUCCAAGUGCAAAAACUGUGCUUUGAGUCUUGUCUUUGAAAGAGAAAAAAGUGGUAGGGGCUUUUAAUUUGUGUUAAGAUGAGUUGUGCUAUAAAAUGAAAUCAUAUUUUUUUUCUC